AUGUGGGACAAUACUGGAGAAUACCCGGACGUGCUGUCGUUUGUGACUUACAGAGCCCAAUCUGCUCCCAUUCCUGCCAGACCUACUCCUGUAUAUUUGACCAAUGAGCUAUCUGUAAUUGAAAAUCUGCCUCGUCAUAUUGACAAAAUUUACUUUUAUAUUGCUGGGGACAAAGUGAAAUCAGAAAAUAUUACCAGCUUAUUUGCUCUUUCAAUUUCAUGUUAUCGCUUCCUGGAGAUUGGGAAGGACAAUACCCCGCGUUGCUUGAGCAAAAUCGCCAAGAACUCAUCGUGGGCGGGCAAGCGCAUCAUCUGCAUCGACGACUAUCCCGAAGGCUUUUUUACCGCGGAGCUCGCCGAAUUCACAGGAUCGAGGGAAAAUCUUUUGUAUUCCCGUGCCGCAGAAUUUAAGAGAUCAGUUACUGGGCCUAUUGUGAUUUCAGGUUUCGAAUCGAACAUAAUCGGAAACUUGCAACCUGAGGUGGGUAAAUCGUCAGACGCGUAUUCUAAGGCUAUCAUGCGUAACCUCAACACCAACGAGUAUGUGUUCACCAGGCCCUUCUGCGCGAGAGGCGGAUGCAUGUAUAUCAGAAGCCCGCUUAUUUCGCGCAUCAGCUGGUCAUCUAAUCCCUCGAUUUUGCUGCGCUCCGACGGCACUAUCCACUACGGUGCGUGGCCCGGCUACUGCCUCGACAUAGUCAGUGUCGACGACAUUGAUGACGAUAGUGAUGUCACCUGGAAGGAUAUCACCGAGUCCGAGCUCACUCGCAUCUCAAAGAUUUACGGCGACAGCCAUUGA